GGAAGACGUGGCUGUUGCUGCAGUGGCAGCUGUCAUCCAAAUUAUUCUUAGAGGAGUACUGAAAUAGCAACUCUUGUCUAUUGUCGUUUUGUCCUCACCCGUUAAUUCGGCAUCAAAAUGAUUUCGCUAACGGACUCGCAAAAGAUUGGAAUGGGAUUAACAGGCUUCGGCGUGUUUUUCCUCUUCUUCGGGAUGAUCCUGUUCUUUGACAAAGCACUUCUGGCUAUUGGAAAUAUCCUGUUUGUUGCUGGACUCGCCUUUGUCAUCGGGCUGGAGAGGACCUUCCGCUUCUUCUUCCAGAAGCACAAAAUGAAGGCCACCAGUUUCUUCCUAGGAGGUGUGUUUGUGGUGCUGAUUGGUUGGCCCAUCAUCGGAGUUGUGCUGGAAAUCUAUGGCUUUUUCCUCUUGUUCAGGGGUUUCUUCCCGGUCGUAGUAGGCUUUAUCAGAAGAAUACCUGUCCUUGGCUCAAUCCUUAACCUGCCCUUCAUCAGUGCAUAUGUGGACAAAGUGGGCGAGAGCAACACCAUGGUAUAACAGUGACUUUUUCUACCCAGAGAAGGCUGUUCGAGCACAGCGGGUUUUAUAAGCCACACAAUGUCCUAUCGGGCUGAUUUUAAGGCUAUACUUUCAGAUUCCUUUCCCCUCCAGCAGGCAAAGACUGCUUUCUGACUGUAAUUUCACUGGUCAGCGCUACCAGUCAAAGGUUCAUCAGAGCGUUGCACCACCAGUCUUUUACAGGGUGGAGCUACUAAGGUCACUACAAUAAAUAUUUCACAUUCUAUUAGUCCCCUCACCAUUGAGUGCAUCUGGCAUGAAAAUGGAGGAUGGAAGACUCCCUCAAUGCCCCAUCAACUGUGUUUACGUGACUUUCUUCCUCUGUGGAACAAACAGACAAAACUACCGACCCACCACAAGGAUGAGAAGCGGACCGACAGCUUGCCAUAUUGUCGCAUUUCUGUGCCUGUGCUUUAACUUUAUUUGGACAAAAACUUUUAAGUCCAUAAUUUUGUCCCUUUGCAGUUAUUCUGUGACACUUUGUUUCUUUUUGUCUUGCAGCUAUUUGAAUACCAAGUGUGGCUAUUGUAAAUUUUCCUUUUGUUACAUGUAAUUUCUGUUUAUGGUUGGCUAAUGAGUACUUAAGUAUAAAUUAUUUUCAAAAAAGAUCAGUGCUUCACUUCAUGUAAAGUGAGGUGCUAUGGGAUCAUACGAGUAUUUGUUAGUAUUCUUAUUACUACUACUAUAAAAGUUGGGUCACACCAGAAAGUUUCAACACCUAAUUCACAAUGACACAUGGAUGGUGAAGUUCAUCCAGGUGGUGCUGAAGGCUUAGCUAGCCAGCGAACUACUGUAUCUGGCUCGUGGCUGAGACACCAGCCAGCCAGGAACAUGCUGGUGCUAAUCAAUCACUAAAGCUCACCAAGCUAGCUUGUUUUCUAACUGUCAGUAGCAAGCUAGGCAGCUCAGUUAUUAACAAGAAAAUACUGUGGGUUCACAGUAGAAACAUAUUUCCACCAUUGUCUCCUGUCUCAUUAACUGCCAACACACCGUGUCUGUUUUACGGCAGACUAUGAUAGCUGUCUCUGAUUUGGACUGUCUGCCUCUCAGUUCCCUCAAAGUUCAGCAGUGUUAGGAUGGUUUUCUGCCAUGUAAACUUUGACCAAAGUUGAACUGGUGUGUCCAGGCCUGCCUUUCUGUUUUCCAAAACAUAUCAUUGGUUUUUGGACUUCCUAUCUUCCAAGCAGCUAUUUGCUGCCGACAGCUAGUCUGCCACAACAUUUUGUCAUUUUUAUUGGCAACAUUAGCUUAUUUCACGGUAAGUAGCACCUUAUGUGAGGACAUUUCCUACAAAAGCACUUAAACAUAAUAGCAAUGUUUUCAAAAUCUAAUGUUGAUUGGAUCAAUCAAAUGGAUUAUAUCAGCAGUGUGCUCUACCUCUCUGCAAGCUGAUUUUCAUAGCUUACUGAAAUGAACUGCAGCCAUUUGCUGCCUGGAAGGAAGAAACCUAAUCUAAAAAUGUAUAGUAUGCUUUGGAAAAUGGUCACUGAUAUAAAGUGUACACCAUUUGAUUUUAAAGCAUACUUCAGGUUUAUUUCAACUUGCGUCCUCAAGCCAAAACUACAACACUAAGACCCAAGUUGUUAUAAACUUAUCCUAUAAUGGACUCGAGCACGUAAAACAUUGGUAAGGUCCUUCAUACGGCAGAUAAUCCCCACUCAAAUUCAGAAAAGUCAUUUCAGUGGUUUAGAGCAGUCAAUGAAGUUUUUGUGUAAUCAAACGCUUUUCAAACUAGGGAGCUUACACUUAGUAACCCUAUCAAACUGUAAAAUGUCAAGCAUCUUUACUAUCAAAAUAAUCAUGAAUUUUUCAGACCUAGUGCUGGGGUGCCCAAAUGUUUUACCUUUGAGGGAUAAAACUGAAACUCAGUCUUGGGCCAUGGGACAAAAUCAAACACCUAUUGUAUUGCAAAAUGGCACUAGCAUCCCAAAUUCCCUUAAUUGCCUGACUUUCUGUGCAAAGUAUCACUCUAUGGAUCCUAUAUUAUAGAAGCAUUUUAACCACAGAAAUUAAAACAAACAGGGAUUAAGACUUAAAUUCAUGAAAAAGAUAUUAUUUUCAGUAGAAACAUCUGAUGGGCCAAACUGAACCUUAUGGCUCUGCCCUGUUGGCCACAUUUGGUCAGCCCUGACCCAGAGCCCAGAGAGUCCUUUCCUCAUUUAUUUUUUUUCAUCCAGUGUCCUUUAAAUGUUCAGGUUCUCCUCUUUUUUUUCUUUUAUUGAGAGAGCGGGACAAGAGAAGUUUUCAUCAUUGCAGACACAGGAACUGAAUAAAUGAAUUACUCCACUGUGGGUUUCUUCAGAGCAUCCAAAAAGCUGAAGUUACCUUUUCAAUGGCGAUGUGUUCUUUUAUGGCACUUUUGUAAAUAUACUACAGAAGUUAGCUUUGUA